UGUCGUUUUUAUUAUCAAUUCGUAUGGUGCCAAAAUAUUUGGCUCCUUUUUGCGACAAAAAAAUUUCCUUACCAAAUUACAAAUUUUGUCCAAAAAAAUUAACUUCUUUAAUCUAUUUUUUAUGGUAAUGUGACCUAAGCUACUGGGGUAUCAUUUUUUGUUUAUGAUUAGAAUUUUUUUUAGUGUCUUUCCUUUUUACAUUGGAAACAUAGUCUUUGUUAACUACAUUAUUAUAAAACAAAUCCAUUCAUGUGUGCAUGUCGUGCAUUUGAUGAAUGUACUAUAACCUUUAAGAUUUUUGUUUGUUUGUUUUUUUUCCUAAUCAAAGAUAUUAUGAGUUUAUUUUUCUUGUCUUUCUUUACAAGGAAUUCUGAUUGAAGCCUAAUGGAUAAGCCGACUGAUCCUCCAAAGCGCCCGAUCACUCCAUUCAUUUUCUUUUGGUAUUUCGUUAAUAUCUAUUUGUAUGUAGUUAUAUAUUUUCCAUUAUACGAAUUCUUAUAUUCAUUUUCAUAUGUUUAUAGCCAAGAACAAUCAAUGGAGUUAAAAAAAACCCAAAUGAAAGUAGACGUGAAGGAUAUUGGGGACAAAUGGAAUCAACUUCCUGAAGAAGAAAAAAAUAAGUAUAUACAAAUGGGAAAGCUGCAAUCUGAACAAUAUGCCCAAUUAAAAACUGUGGUCCAACAAAAGCCUCCAAAAGUAAAAAUUCAAACUCGGAUUGAGCUUACAUCAAUUUGUAAGAUUAUUAGAAGGUUGGACAAAGCACAACAACAAGCAGUGAGUGAUAUGGGGUUUCAUGGCAUCCUAUGCCUUAGGUGCAUGCACAUAGAUCAUGACUUGUGUCAUUGGUUAGUUCAGAACUUUGAUCCUUCAACUCAUUCAUUGAAUGUCCACGGUCUUCGAAUGCUUCUCACCGUAGAAGAUGUUCAUGAGUUGAUGGGAUUACCUUCCAAUGGUCUACCUGUGAAGUUAACAGAGUCCGUAGAUGAAAUUACAAACCUAUGUGAUGAAAUUGCGAUGAAGAAUAAAUUUGUUCCGCUCACAUCUUUGAAAUCUUAUCUGCUUGAAACAAAAGAUGCUGGAACUGAAUUUAAAAGGAAAUUUGUCUUAUACAUCAUUGGAGCCCUCUUGUGCCCCACCACAAAGGCAGGCGUACACCAAUCAUUCAUUAAAAUGGUUAAAAAUGUUGAGUCCAUCAGUCAAUUCAAUUGGGCAAAGCACACCCUUGAUUUUCUUGUCGACCGCAUUGCUGUUGCCAAGGUCAAAGAGCGGUCUGCUAUGUGCGGUUGUUUGCUUCUUCUAAUGUUAUUUUACUUGGAACAAUUUGCUCGCAAAAGGGAGUUGGUGGCUACUUCCAACUCCAUUCCUCGCUUAUCCUAUUGGGCCAAUUCAGAAAUUAAGUAGGGUUUGAAUCAAAUUAAAGCUUUGGGAGGAUAUUUAAAUGUUGAGGUGGCUUUGCCUAACAUUGGUGAAAAGUCCAAUGCAGUAACUCUUAGCCAGGGAAGAAUUGACAAGAAUGAUGACUCCCGAUUGGCUAAAGUUGAGAAACAAGUCAUUGAAAUUCAUGCCCUUUUGGUCCAAGGCCACAAGGACACAAGGCAAGAUAAAGAUGAGAAACGUCUAACCAAAGUGGAGAAUCAAGUUGAAAAAAUUCUUGAGUUGUUAGAAAAACACAUGCCAGUUGAUGGAGAACAAGUUAAAACACCACCAAGCAAACUACUUGCGGAGCAGCGACUGGUCAAAAUGGAGAACCAAGUUGGUCAAAUUCUUGAGUUGUUAGAACGACGCAUUCCAAUUGAUGGUGGACAUGUUAAAACACCACCAAGCAAACUACAUGAGGAGCAUCGAAUUGACA